GAUUAGGAAUUGAGCAUGCGCCAAAAUCGCCGCGCAGGCGACGUGAUUACGAGACACUGUCGGGCGCCGCCGUACUUAAAACCGAUCCUUUCCAGACUCAAAACGCAGGCGGGAGUACGUUCUGUGCCAUGGCGGGCACGGGGUUGGUGGCCGGAGAGGUAGUGGUGGAUGCGCUGCCAUAUUUUGAUCAAGGCUAUGAGGCUCCAGGCGUGCGGGAAGCGGCUGCGGCUCUGGUAGAGGAGGAAACUCGCAGAUACCGACCUACCAAGAACUACCUAAGCUACUUAACAGCCCCGGAUUAUUCUGCUUUCGAAACUGACAUAAUGAGAAAUGAAUUUGAAAGACUGGCUGCUCGACAACCAAUUGAAUUGCUCAGUAUGAAACGAUAUGAGCUUCCAGCCCCUUCCUCGGGUCAGAAAAAUGACAUUACUGCAUGGCAAGAAUGUGUAAACAAUUCUAUGGCCCAAUUAGAGCACCAAGCAGUACGAAUUGAGAAUCUGGAGCUAAUGUCACAGCAUGGAUGUAAUGCCUGGAAAGUAUAUAACGAAAAUCUAGUUCAUAUGAUUGAACAUGCACAAAAAGAGCUUCAGAAGUUAAGGAAACAUAUUCAAGAUUUAAACUGGCAGCGGAAAAACAUGCAACUCACAGCUGGAUCUAAAUUGAGAGAAAUGGAGUCAAAUUGGGUGUCCCUGGUCAGUAAGAAUUACGAGAUUGAACGGACUAUUGUGCAACUAGAAAAUGAAAUCUAUCAAAUUAAGCAGCAACAGGGAGAAGCAAACAAAGAAAACAUCCGGCAAGACUUCUGAAAAGACUAACUUGCUGAGUAGAAAGGAAGAAAAGUUGGGCUCUUACAAACAUCAGCCAUCUAAACUAUCCCUGAACCAUGAAGGACAACAGCUUCUCACAAAAACCAUUCGUGGGUAAAUGUUUAGAAACCAUAAUGUAUGGAUUAUUAUAAUAAUUGUAUCGAGAAUCUUUGUGAAAUAAAAGUUAUCAACUUGGUAUUUUUAGAGCUAUAAAAAACUCAAGCUUUCAAAAUAAGUAUGGCUUUGGAAUAAUACUGUUAUAGAAUUAAUACAUAUAUAUAGCAUUAAUUUUUUUUUUUGUACCGGAGAUCGAACUCGGGUCCUUGCGCUUGCGCAGCAAGUGGCGAAACCACUGAGCUAAAUCCCCGGCCCCCAGUAUGGCAUUAAUUUUGAGCUGCUGGGCCGGCCGUAUUUUGUAGCUGAGUGGAUAUGUUGGCUGCAACCAGCAAGACCAUAAGGUUGGGGCUCUAUGAAAGCAGCUCUCGUAAAUGACAAAUUACUAAGGCACAUAGUUCUGAUUCUUUAGGCUGAACGUACUUGGAAAUUUUGUCCUGUUAAUCACAACAUGCCUGUCUUGUUCAUAAAUAACUACAGUACAUUAUGUUUGAAGGUGGGUCCAGCAAGGCUCAAAGAAAACAGGUUUAUGUAACACGGGUAUGUUUUCCCUUUCUGCUGCUCUUUCCCCCUUCUUCAUUUUUCCUUUAUGCUCCAGUCAUCCAUUAUUGCCCAGGUUUUUUGUUUGUUUGUUUGAUUUUUUUUUGGUACCGGGGAUUGAACUCGGGUCCUUGAGCUUGCAAGGCAGGCAGCGGAACCACUGAGCUAAAUCCCCGGCCCAAAUUGCCCAGUUUUAAUACCCUUCCUCCUCUGAUGAUUCAGUCCUAAAAUUAUGUGGCACAGAGCAAAGUAGAUAUCCAUGUAUAAGCUUCCCAGAAGCGGGGAGACUUGCUUAUAAGGGAUCAAGAAUCAGUAUCCUCAGGAUUCUCAACAGCAGCUCUGGAAGCUAGAAUGAAGGUAACAGAGGUGCAUCAGAAUGCUUAAGACAAUUUCUUUCCAACCUAGUACUACAUACUCAAGUCAUCAGUCUAAGGUGAGAGUAGAAUAACCGUGUUUAGCCAUGUGAGAUCUCAAAGUCAGUACCUUCCAGAGUAUUGUUGUUCAAAGGAACUGCUGCAGGAUCAGUUCAUGGCAUAGUAAAACUUCUUCCACGGAGAUUGGUGAAGGAGAAUCUCAGGAUUGUAGGCACUGUGUUCUUCGAGAAAGGAAGCCAGUUCAGACUCAGGAGAGCUGCCCUCACAGAGAUGACCAGUACUGCUGCACCAUCUCUGCACACUGAAACAGUGCCUCGAGAGGCUGGCCCAUGUUCCGACCUAUGCUUGGUUUGUUCUCAUCUUGGCCUGAGGAAGCCCCAUAACCUGGAGUGUGCUGUGGCCUAUUCUUGGAAUGCUUUCGGUAGAAAACUCAAGUUGAUUUCUGACCUUAAUUCCCACCAACUGCACAGUCUUCUAGCCUCACCAGAAACCUGAACAGUGCUAAAGCCCUCAAUUCCCAGAAUGUAGUCACAGCUUCGUUCCCUGCCUUCCCUGGAAUAGGCUCCGCAGCUCAGAGAAGCUGAGGCCAGGCCAUGAUCUGUUGUUUAGCUUGGUUUUUUUCCUCAAGGACCUUCAUCCAACCAUAGAAAUAGGUCUUUUCUUACAUCGUGAAGCUGUGUUUGCUUCACAGCUUUUAUAAUAAGUACCUUUCAUGUUCAUUUUAAUGUAGAUAGUUACAGUAGGCUGAAUAAUGGCCCCUAAAGAUGGCGACAUCCAAUACCUGAGACCUGUGAAUGUGUUACUUUUUCCAGGGCAAAUAGAGGAGUUUGUAGAUGUGAUUGAAUGAAUGCUCCUUAGGUAGGGGGAUUAUCCCAGAUUAUCUGGGGAGGCCCAGUAUAAUUGCCACCGUCUUUGCAGAAGGGAGGUGGGAGGACAGAGGAGGGACAAUGCUACUGCUGCCUUUGUAAAUGAAGAAAGCUACAAACCAAGAAAUGCAGUAACUUCUAGAAACUGGAAAAAACAAGGAAACAAACCUGUCAGAGUGUUCUUCCCUGGAAGAAACAGUUUUGUAGGCUUGUGACUUCCAGACCUAUAAAGCAGUAUUUUUUUGCUUUAAGCCUCUUCAUUUGUGAUAUUUUGCUGUAGCACCAGUAGAAAACAUGCAAUAACUGGUAAAUAAUAAAUGCUUGAUUAAAAUAGUAAAAAAUAUCUUUUUUAGGGGCAAUUCAGAAAUGCAGGCAAAAAGAAGAAAAUGAAAAUUAUUCAUAAACCUGCCACUCAAAGAUAGCCACUGUUUAUCAGAAGGUACUUUUUUGUUUGCGUUUUGGGGAUUGACUCCAAGGCCUUCACACUGUGCUACAGCCCCAUCCCUUUUGUUUGUUUGUUUGUUUUUCCUUUUUUCCUUUUUUAUAUUGAGGCAGAGUCUUGCUAAGCUGUGCAAUUGUCCAGGAUAGGCUCGAAAUUUUGAUCCUCUUGCCUCAGCGUACCAGAGUGCUGAGAUAACAUGCAUGUGCUACCAUACCCAGCUCAGAAAGUACUUUUUAUUUGAUUCCAGAAGAACAUGUAAUUGUAGAUAAAAACCUCAUAUUUUAUUUAUUUCUAGUACAAAUUUGUUGGAUACCAUGGAAUCAAAGAUAAAUAAAAUGGGAGAUAGGGAUGUAGCUCGGUGGUAGAGCACUUGCCUAGCAUACUCAAGGCCCUGGGUUCCAUAAUCAGCACUGAAGAAGAAAAAAGAACAUAAGAUGAGCUAAUGGAACAUUGUGUAAACUUAGUUCUGAAUGAAAGCUUAUACAUGUUUCAAUUUGAUUUGGACUCUAAGGACCAGCACUUACUACAUUAGAUCCUCUUUGCUUCCUCUAUUCUUAGAAAGUACUUCUGCACAUUCAAACUGAUUUGUAGUGACAGAAAGCUAACUAAAACUACCUUAUGGAAUGAAAGGAGAUUUAUUGGUUCAUUUAACUGGUGAGAGCAGAGGUGAAACUAAUUGCAGGGUAAACUAAAUUCAGGGAUUUAAUGUUAUCUUGCUUUCCAUUUCUCCUUUCCUAGAUUUAUUUCCUCCCGCCUAUAGGCAUUAGGAGUCAAAGUCACAGGCAGUUCCAGACUUAAAUCAUCUCUGUGAUCUUAGAGAUUGGCAGGUUGGCCAGGCCUGAGUCAGGUUAUCUUCUUGUGGUCUUAGGGAUAGUGCACUGUCUUAAUUCCCUUUCUCAUUGCUGAGACAAAAUACCCAACAGUAUCAGCCUCCAAAAUGCUGGGAUCACCAGCAUGCACCACUAUACCUAGUGUGAGACUUUUUUUUUUUUGAGACUAUUAAGAGAUUAAGUCUCACUGUGUUGCCCAGGCUCUUCUGGAACUCCUGUGCUCAAGUGAUCCUUCUGCCUCAGCCUCCUGAGUAGCUGGGAUUACAGGUGUGUACCACCAUACCUGGCUUACAGCAGUGUUUUAAGUUACCUAAAGUUAAAGCUUAUUUUCCCAAAACUGAUUUUGCAGUAGCAUAAAAAAUUUUAUUAUGAGAGUAUAUCUAGCUAGCUGAAGAGAACAGAAGGAAGUACACUAGUAAUACUAAUUUUCAUAUAAUUUGCUACAGACAGAAAUGCUUUAAAAGGUGCCUUAAUAUUUUAUAAAAACUAAAUUUUGUUCCUUUGAAUGAAUAAUCUCACUCUGCAGAACCUAGAAAUAAAAUGAAAGUCACCCUCAA